AUGUAUACAACUACUUUAAGUUACACGCUCACUUGGAAGAUGGCCGUAUUUACAUUCUACGUUUUAAAUUUCACAUUUACGCUGACAUUUGUGCUUUUUUCAAGCGUCGUCGCUCUACUAUCGGCCAUCACAUAUAUAUUCUGGCGGCGCAUGAACUACUGGCAGGAGCGCGGCAUACCACACGACAAGCCCAGCUACUUGUAUGGCAGUUUUCGUGGUAUGACCAAGCUGUACGGCUUCUCGGAGAUCUUACGUUCAAUGUACCAGCGUUACAAGGGCACAGGUCCCUUUUGUGGCUAUUAUUUUUUCCAACGUCCCGCUGUGAUGGUUUUGGAUACAGAGCUUGUGAGAAACGUGCUGAUUAAGGACUUCUCAAACUUCAGUGAUCGUGGUCUAUUCCACAAUGAGAAGGACGAUCCAUUAACGGGUCAUUUGUUUUUCGUCGAUGGUCAAAAAUGGCAUUUGUUGCAUGGUAAACUCUCAUCAACGUUUACCGAGUGCAAAGUGCGAGGCAUGUUUCCGUCUGUGCGCGAUAAGGCAGAGCAAAUGGUCAGCACACUCGAUCAGCUGAUGCAGCGCAAUGCCAAUGUAGAAGUCAAGGAACUGAUGGGGCGCUACACAACCGAUGUGAUUGGUAAAUGCGCGUUGGGUAUAGAAUGCAACAGUCUGACGAAUCCUAACGCUGAGUGUCGCGCAAUUGGGCGUCGCAUAUUCACCGAUCGUCGUCACGGGCUUCUGGUAUCUGGUCUCAUUCAAGGGUUCCCGCAAUUGGCGCAAAAACUACAUAUGGGUACCAUACAUCCGGACAUAGAGAAGUUCUUCAUGCGGUUGGUGCGCGAGAAUGUGGAGUAUCGUGAGAAGUACAACGUGCAUGGCAAUGACUUGAUGGAACUGCUGAUGGAGUUGAAUAAGAACGGAAAAUUCAGGUAUGAUAAAAAUGAUGAAUUUAAGGGUCUGACUGUGGAGGAGAUGACAGCGCAAGCGUUUUUCUUCUUUGCUGCAGGUUCCGAAAAGUCAUCAUCGACGCUCUCCUUUGCGCUAUAUGAGCUGGCUAUGCAACCCGAGCUACAGGAACGGCUACGCUGUGAAAUCAACGAGACGUUGUGUCAACACGACAACGAAAUCACAUUUGAGUCGCUGAACGAGAUGGCAUAUAUGAAGCAGGUGAUAGCAGAAACGUUACGUAAGUACCCGAUAUUACCGCAUCUGGCGCGUCAAGCUUUGCACGAUUACGUCGUACCGGGGCAUCUAAACUACGUUAUACCGGCUGGCACGUUAGUCACGAUACCCGUGGUUGGCAUACAUUAUGACCCCGAAAUCUAUCCAGAUCCCGAAACUUUCGAUCCGGAACGCUUCACGCCGGAGAUGAUAAAGGCACGUGACAAGAUCGAGUGGCUGCCCUUCGGCGAUGGGCCGCGCAAGUGUAUUGGCUUUCGUUUCGGUCAUAUGGAAAUGCGCGUGGCGCUGACAUACUUACUGCGCAAUUUUCGCUUUUCUCUGAGCGCACAAACCGAGGUGCCAGUGCGGAUCAGCAAAUCGUUUUCGACCAUACCAAGAAACGGUAUCUUUUUGAAAGUGGAACGCAUUUAAUGCGUAAUGUUAGUUUUAAGCAUUUUCAUAGUUAUUAGUAUCUAAGUUAACCGGAAAACGUCUUUGGAAAAGUAGUUUUAUAUUUUUCUUGAAAACGUUUUUUAACCAAAAUAAGUUUAUUUACCAUGAACUUAAUGACAAUUUCCUAAUACCUGUGCGAGGUAAUUAUGCUUGUGUAUUAUAUACACUUUUACAAAUUUAGAGUCUGUGUACUGUAACAGUACAAAAUGUUAACUGUAAAUGUGAUAUUAUGGCUUCCCAAAGUAUUGGGGAAAGUAUUCUUUUUUGCUUUUAUUAAAUCCGCGACUGCCAGUGUGUUUGUGCAUUCUCAAGAUUUUGAGGUUUCUUUCGGUUAUUGAACCCUCAAUCUCUUAGACACAAAUUCGUAUUUGGAUUUGGAUUUUAAUGAAGUUUUUUGUUAAAUAUAAACUUUUUGGUUGAUCAACAAAGUAUUUAAA